UCAAGAGGCGAGGUUUUCCUCCAUUUCUUCUUAGUUUUUGUGCUCGUCUAAAUCCCUCUUUGCUUGUGUAGAAUAUGUUUGAGAAGACGCUCAGUGAUCUCGUGCGUGGCAUCAGGUCUCACAGAGGCUCUGAGUCACAAUUCAUAUCGUCAUGUAUGGCAGAGAUCAAGAGAGAAUUAAAGCAAGGAAACAUCACCGUAAAAGCAAACGCCAUAUCUAAACUGACCUAUCUUCAAAUGUUGGGCUAUGAUAUUACGUGGGCGGCUUUUAACAUCAUUGAAGUGAUGAGUUCAUCAAAAUUCACAUACAAGCGUAUUGGGUAUCUGGCAGCAACUCAGUGUUUCUAUGAUGACCUUGACCUGGUCAUGCUCACCACUAACAUGAUUAAGAAAGAUUUGUCUAGUCCUAAUCAAUACGAAGCUGGUUUGGCACUAACUGGUCUAUCGUGUUUUGUUACUCCUGACAUAGCGAGAGAUCUGGCCAACGAUGUCCUCACGCUGACCUCCUCCAGUAGACCAUACAUUAAGAAAAAAGCUGUGGUCGUUUUAUACAAAAUAUUCUUAAAAUUCCCAGACGCACUCCGACCAGCGUUCCCACGUCUCAAGAAUUGUCUAGAGGAUCCUGAUCCUGGCGUCCAGUGUGCUGCAGUUAGUGUGAUAUGUGAACUGGCUCAGAAGAAUCCUAAGAAUUACCUAUCGCUUGCUCCGACACUUUUCAAGCUCAUGAAUAAUUCAUCUAAUAACUGGAUGUUGAUUAAGAUUAUUAAACUGUUUGGUUCUUUGUGUCCGUUGGAGCCGAGAUUAGGAAAGAAGCUAGCAGAGCCACUAACUAGUCUAAUUCAUAGCACAUCAGCAAUGUCACUCCUUUAUGAGUGUGUGGCUACUGUUGUUGCUGGUAUGCCUACAAACACUUCAAUGAUGCAGUUGUGUGUGUCCAAGCUACGUCUAUUUAUGGAAGAUGCUGAUCAAAAUUUGAAGUAUCUUGGUCUAUUAGCAAUGUCGUCCAUCAUAGUUCAGCAACCAAAGGCAGUAGCUCAAGUCAAGGAUAUCAUUAUGGACUGUAUGGAGGAUAGAGAUGAGUCAAUACGUAUCAGAGCCCUUGAGCUCAUAGUUGGGAUGGCAAACAAGAAGAACAUCAAUGAGUUGGUUCGGAGUCUUCUCGGAUACAUUGAUACCACAGAGAGCACUUUUUUUAGAGACAUAGUGAUAGAGAAGAUCAUUACAAUGUGUUCGUAUAAGGGCUACUCUCACAUCACUAAUUUUGAAUGGUAUAUUACUAUAUUAGUUGAGAUGACGAGGUUUGAGGGCACGAGGCAUGGGAAGUUGAUAGCGUCUCAAAUGUUGGACGUUACGAUUCGAGUUAAAGAUGUCCGGCCUUUUUGUGUUAGGCAAAUGGCUACCAUUGUUGAAAACACUCAGUUGUUUGUUAGUAGUAAUAAGAACGGACCCUGUGAAGUACUCUAUGCAGCUGCUUGGAUUGUAGGAGAAUUCUCAGAACAUUUAUCCAAUCCCCAGCCAGUGAUGGAGGCACUCAUCAAUCCUCGCAUUACUGAUCUCCCUGGACACAUUCAAGCUGUUUUUGUUCAAAACAUUGUCAAACUAUACGCCAGCAUACUAGUCAAAGCUGAAGCAGAGGGUAGUACUGAGGCUGUGGAAGAGGUGGGGGCAAUGCUAGUUGAGAAGUUACCAGUUUUCAUGCAAAGCAGUGAUCUUGAAGUUCAAGAGAGGGCUUGUGGCAUACUCCAACUGAUGAAGUACAUUGUCAAGCUACAGAGUAAAGGUGCAGCCGUUGCCGAUGAACUACAGAAACUGUUUGCCGGAGAUUUGAACCCGGUGGCACCAAAAGCUCAAAAGAAAGUUCCAGUCCCUGAAGGCCUUGAUUUAGACAAGUGGAUAAAUGAUCCUCCCAGUGACAGUGAAGACGACAUGGAAGAUGAGACCACCACUAACUUCUUUGGAAUUUUGUCUGCCGACUCUCACCGGACUCCGUUUUAUCAGGACGAUGAUAUCGGUACUCCAGAGACCUCCAGAAAGAAGAAGGACAAGGGGAAGGGAAAGAAGAAAGGGAAGAAGCACCGAGGGAAAGGAGAGGAUGAGGAGGAUGGUGGCUAUCCAGAGGACGACGAAGAAGAAAUGAAAAAAGCCCGUGAGAUCAGGCGUCAGAAUAUUGAGAACAAUCCUCAUUACUUGAAAGCCUCUCCAGCUGCUAAGAGAAAACAAGAGGCUCCAAUAGAAGAGAUAGAGAAACCAGCAGCUGCCAAAGAAGUACCAGGAAUUAGUAAACUAGAACUGGGAGUGCCUUUGAUUAUUGAGGCUCCGUCAGUGAGGGAUGCUUUAAAGUCAAAGAAAGGAAAGAAAGGUAAGAAGAGGAAAGGAAGACACGAAGAGGAAGAGGCUGUCUCUAGACCUGUUGUGGACACUACAGCCGAACUCCCUGAAGGAGCUCUUGAGUCUGAUCCUGAUGAUACAACUGAUCAGUUAGCGGAUGAUCUUGCCAAAAAAUUAAACGUUAAUCUUGAUGAGCCUUUAAGAGAUGAUGAGGCCCUACCAGUCCGUACUCAUCGUGUUGUAUCACAAGACGCCCAACCCGUCGAAGAGAAAAAGAAGAAAGGUGAUAAAAAGAAAUCAAGCAAGAAAAGAUCGUCAAAGAAAUCCAAAAAAGAUAAAGGAGAAGAAGAGGAGGAGGGAAAGAAGAAGAAGAAAUCAAAGAAGGAAAAGACUAAGAAAGAAGACGAGGCCACACCUAAUGUAUUAUUAGAUUUUGAGGAUGUCGAAGAUGAAACUCCUUCAGUACCUGAACCGCAACCAAAAACUAAAGAAAAGAAGAAACCAGCACCAGUUGAGGAAACUAAAAAGGAUGAUAUGGACAGUCUUGACUUUUGGCUCUCUUCUUCUGAUGCUAAAGUAACAGAAGAAAAGGUUGAAACUGUGACUGAGCCAGCAGCUGAAGUAAAAGAGACUAAAGUCAAGAAAGAAAGGAAGUCAAAAGGAGAGAAGCGAUCAUCUAAAAGUGGGAAGAAAUCUCGUAAAUCCGACUCUGCAGGGACAGAGUCUAUUCCUAGUGUAGGCGUGGCUAAGAGUGGGGUCAGUGCCACUAGUGAGUUGUUAGAAUUAGGACUGGAUGAGGUAUCAACCAGCAGUACUGAAACAGGAACAACAUUUAAACUAUUAGCCGAGGAUGAGAACCUCAAACUAUCUUAUGAUAUCAAAGCCAAUCCAAUGUACAACAAUGGAAUCACCGUUGCUAUUGUGUUCAAUAACAAGAGCUCCCUUCAGCUCACCUCGCUUGACUUCAACGUAUUGGACUCGCUCAAUGCUAAACUGGAAAGACCGAGUGGAGUCUCUGCUCAAUCAAGCGUCCCUGUGCCGUUCCAGCUACCCCCUGGCACUGCUAAUGAGUGUCAGUUCAUGUUUACUGUCCAAGAAUUCUACAUGACACAGAAACUGAGGGGAACUGUCACUUACAUGAUGAAAAGUGACAGUGGUACUGCUCAAGAUAAAAUUGAUUUCAAGCUCACAUUAUCUCCAUCAUCUUUUAUAUGUCCAACUAAAUUGCCUCAGGACAGGUUUGCUGCUCUCUUGAGCUCUGGUAAUCUCUCAGAGACAGUCUCAGUUAAAUGCAAUUUUACUAAGACUAGUACUUUCUUUGGCUCCCUCAGUGCCAUAAUGACUACACUUCACCUCAGUAUUGUAGAGCAGUCCUCUGACAGUGCCUCGCUGUAUGGCUGCUCUAUUGCCGGCCAUCACAUCUGUAUACUUGUUAAAUCACAGGGUGAUACUAAGAUUGCUGUUAGUGCUAAAGGAAGUGACAGUCGUUUGGUUUCUAGUCUAAUGGAUGAACUGAAGAAUGUGGUGUGAGGAGUGAGGGUGUACGGACGUGUAUAGUAAAGCAGGUGGUUUUGUGUGUUUGUACUUAUUAUUAUUAUCUCUUUAGCUGAAAAUUUAAUUUAUUGAUAAUGGCAAUUUACU